ACCUGCGCCACCAGGAACAAAACGUCUGCAGGCACUGUGGUUGUACACAGGAAGCUGCAACAUGUGGGCAACGGGAAGGUUGCGGCGUGAAAGACAGUGACGUGCGGCAGCGGAAGGCAUAAGAGACCGUCGCGACGAGCGAUCACGCGAAGUCUGGCUGGGAGACGGGCGAGAUCCGCGAGUCCCAGACCGGAGCCAGAAGAGCAGCCAUGGAACUGACGGCGAAGUUGGCGGCGCUGCUGCUGGUGCUGCUGGCCGCACAGACGGCCACCCACGCUACAUCGCACCAACUCAGGAGAGGGUCGCCUUGCCGCACGCGCAGCGGCGAGUCCGGCGUGUGCCAGCCGCUGCACCGCUGCCGGCACGUGCUGUGGAAGCAGCCCAUGGCCUGCUCGCGCCACUCCGUCUGCUGCCCCGGCACCUCCGCGCCGCCCACCGCCGCCUCCUCCGCCUCCACCGCCGCGUCCUCCGCCGCCUACAGUGCACCGACGCCUCGUACCACAGCUGCAACCGCUACCACGCAGAGGGACACCAGGGCGACCACAAAACGAGCUGCCUUGUCCAAAAGUCAACAGAAGUGCGAGGAGUGGGGGAAAGCCGUGUUCCGGCUGGAGGACAGCCCCGUGUUGGUGGACGGCGCGCCCAAAAUCAACCGUUCGCUGUGCGGCGGCGAGGGCGCCCCCUAUAUCAUCGGCGGCGUGCCCGCGGAGCCCAAGGAGUUCCCUCACAUGGCGGCGGUGGGCUUCGGCCCCGAGAGCAGAGUACAGUUCCUGUGCGGGGGCAGCCUCAUCAGCGAGCGCUGGGUGCUGACGGCGGCGCACUGCCUCGAAGACUACACCAACAGCGGCGUGGGCCCGCCACGCUGGGUGCGCCUGGGCGACCUCGAGCCGGAGGGUAGCGGCGACCACCUCACGGCGCAGGACUUCCGCGUGGAGCGGCGCGCCUGGCACCCCGACUACCGCUACCCGCUCAAGGACAACGACGUGGGGCUGCUGCGGCUCGACGCCGACGCGGAGUUCAACGAGUUCGUGCGGCCCGCCUGCCUGGGCACGCAGCUGCAGCCGCGGGACCCCAGGGCCAUCGUCACCGGCUGGGGCAAGACCGAGAGGGCGGGCUACAGCCAGCCGCUGCUCAAGGUGGAGCUGCCACUGACGGCGCAGGCGCAGUGCGUGUCCAUCUUCCAGGAGCUGCUGGAGCGCUCGGCCGGCUACCGCAGGGUGCUGCCCAACGGCGUGCUGGACUCCAUGCUGUGCGCCGGAGAGCCCCAGGGCGGCAAGGACAGUUGUCAGGGUGACUCCGGCGGGCCGCUGCAGGUGCGCAACACGCAGCCCUACUGCACCUACUCCAUCCUGGGCAUCGUCUCGUUCGGCAAGGGCUGCGCCGAGCCCGGCUACCCCGCCGUGUACACGCGCGUCGCCAGCUUCGUGCCCUGGAUAGAGUCCGUCGUCUGGCCGUGACGUGACGGCCACCGCUAGAGUGCACGCGUCGCUCCGGCGCCGAUGGGCGGCUGAACGCGAGACGCGUCGAUGACAGUGUGAUUUCUGCUGCAACGAUUUCUCACCGUGUAUCGCUGUUACACGAAUUAAAGCUGUAUUUUUUGCAGUUGCUUCAACAUAUACAAUAGUAAUCAUUCCAGGACUGCGACAGUCUCUGACAUUACAGACUUGGACAAACUAUUUUCUACAGUAUAUGGCAUGUGUAUGUAAUUCUGGUAGCACCUUUUGAUGUGUUGUCAUUGUAAUAUAUGCAAAUAACAAUUUCA